AUGCCAGGCGCAGUGUGCGAGAUUAUUGACGAUAUUGAGGAUUUGAUUUCGUCACAGGACAUAACUCCGAAGGAACGCUAUGCCAGUAGAAAGAACGUGAGCGUCCGGUCGCGGAAACGUGAAGAGAAGAACGCUAUGGAGCCGCCAGAGAAAGUUAUUCUCGAGAGCGUUGUGCCAGGUACUCAGACAAUUUACGUCAAAACAUGGGGCUGUGCACACAACAAUUCUGACUCCGAGUAUAUGGCAGGCUUGUUGGCCGCUCAGGGGUACAAGCUAACAGAAAAUAAGUGGGACGCACAGCUGUGGUUGCUCAACUCCUGCACUGUGAAAAGUCCUGCCGAGGAUCAUUUCAAGAAUGAGAUUGAACUAGGACAGAGCCGAGGUAUACACGUGGUUGUGGCGGGGUGUGUGCCGCAGGGCGCGCCGCGGGCCGAGUACCUACGCGGCCUCAGCAUCGUCGGCGUGCAGCAGAUUGACAGAAUUGUCGAGUGCGUCGAAGAGACGCUCAAGGGCCACACAGUCCGUCUAUUCGGUCAAAAGAAAACAUCAAAUGGUCGCAAGGCUGGAGGCGCAUCACUUCUACUGCCGAAAGUACGCAAGAACCCUCUCAUAGAGAUCAUUCCAAUAAACACGGGGUGCCUGAACCAGUGCACUUAUUGCAAGACAAAACACGCGAGGGGUGAGCUGGGAAGUUACCCUCCCGAAGAGAUCGUAGAGAGGGCAAGACAGUCUUUUAAGGAGGGAGUCGUGGAAAUUUGGUUAACCAGUGAAGAUACCGGCACGUACGGCCGCGACAUCGGGUCGUCGCUGCCCGAGCUGCUGUGGCAGCUGGUGGAGGUGAUCCCCGAGGGCUGCCGCCUGCGCCUGGGCAUGACCAACCCGCCCUACAUCCUCGAGCACCUCGCCGAGAUCGCCAAGAUCAUGCACCAUCCGCGUGUUUAUAAGUUCCUGCACGUGCCCGUGCAGUCCGGCAGCGACCAGGUGCUCGCAGAUAUGAAGAGGGAGUAUUCUAGAGCAGACUUCGAGUUCGUCGUCGAUUUCCUCAAAGACAACGUUCCCGGAAUGACAAUAGCCACGGACAUAAUCUGCGGCUUCCCCACGGAAACGAAGGAGGACUUCGAGCAAACGUAUUCCCUUUGCAAGAAGUACAAGUUUCCUUCGCUAUUCAUCAACCAGUUCUUCCCUAGACCUGGCACACCGGCUGCCAAAAUGACAAAGGUCCCCGGCCCGGAGGUAAAGAGGCGUACGAAGCGGCUGUCAGAGCUGUUCCGCUCGUACCAACCCUACGAGGACCGCAUCGGAGAAGUCUACGAGGUGCUGGUCACGGACCUGUCGCACGACAAGAACUACUACGUUGCGCACAACGAGUUCUACGAACAGGUUCUAGUCCCGAAGGAGGACAAACUGAUGGGCAAGAUGUUCACAGUGGAGAUCAUAGACGCGACCAAGUUCUGCAUGCUCGGCGAGCCGCUCGACGCGCCGCGCGCGCCGGGGCUGGCGGCGCCGCUGGCGCGUGGCGAGGUGUCGGGCCUGCCGCAGCUGCAGUCGGCCGACGCGCUGUACUACGCCGACCUGAUCCGCACGCACCUGCGGAUGCCCGUGCCCGUCAUCGUGCUGCUGGUGGCCUUCCUCUGCCGCAUGCUGUACAUGAUGUUAUAGCUGUCGCUCAACGUCGAACGGGCGAAGCGGGCGUAAUCGUGCUGUUCUAACUUAUUUUAUGUUACGUUAUUAAAUAUUUUAAGUUGUUUGUUUCUGUUUGAUUUAUUUUCAGCCUCGGGAUGAGGCUGGGUUUUCGUUGGGGAUGCGUGAAGCCGGAAAUUCGUUACGGCGGGGCGUGCGCGCUGCACUGUUGUAUUGAGCUGUCUUUGUAACAGAGUUUAAAGUAUCCUUAAGAAAUGAAAUAGAAAGAAAGAAACGUGUAUUCAGCUUAAGAAAAUGCAAGCAAAAGAGAU